AUGUCUUGCCCUGUCCUGCCCACCCUCCGUCACUAUGGUCCUGACCCUAACAACCACCCGGACCAAAAAGAAUUAUCCAAUAUCAUCAGCGAUCUACACACUGGCUCUGACGGCAAUGCCCCCUUUGUCAUCGGUACCGAUGGUGUUCUCCGAACUCUCACACAAGACUGCGAUGUAAUGGAAGACAUGUUUCGCGGCGCGAUCGGAACGAAAGUGCCCCAGGAGCAGUGGUGGAAGCCAGAUCCAUCCUUAUUACCACCGCCACUGACGGCAGAGGAGAAAGCGCGGGUCAAGAAGAAUAAUGAGGAGAACAGGGAGAUCAUUGAGGAGAAUAUUAGGAAAAUGGAAAGUGGUGAGCUGAAGCCGUGUGGGGUUGUCAUUCGGUCAGAUUUUGAUAUUCGUCCUAGAUAG